AAAGUGCCUAGUGCAGUCUGUUACCAACACCACCAGCACCGCCUUCCUGUUCUUGCCUUCUGAUGGUUUGCUCUGGGGUGGGAUUAAAUCGUAGACGCCACCCCAUCCAUGCCAUUCCAAGAAAUCAGAAGCCUCUAACUAACUGGUGACGAGCCACACCGUCGUUAAGCAACAGCAGACAGCCACAAUGAAGCUUCUGGUCUCUUGCUUCCUUCUGUUGCUGCCAGUGAUCUUCAUGUCCAUGGUCUCCAGCAGCCCAAAUCCACGGGUCGCCAGAAGCCAUGGGGACCAACGCCAGGCUUUUGGGAGGUGGCUCCGGGAAGGUGGCCAAGAAUGUGAAUGCAGGGCAGAUUGGUUCCUGAGAGCCUCGAAGAGAAAAUCCACACCAGUGCUGGAGCCACCAAGGAAGCAGUGUCCCUGUGAUCAUGUCAAGGGCAGCGAGAAAAAAACCAGACACCAAAAGCACCACAGAAAGCCAAACCGGCCAUCCAGAACCUGCCAGCAAUUUCUCAAACGAUGUCAACUAGCAAGUUUUGCUCUGCCCUUAUAGUUCUGAGACUAUUCUCUCAGGCCAAUGCUCUCAAUGGAAAAGAGGUGAUCAACCCUAGGGCAUGUUCUUGUUCUCCCCAGCCCCAUCCUCACCAAAAGCAUCCCAGCACUCUCAGAAGGCACUGCCCAGCGUAUUGGUGACUGUGCCCCCUACUGCCUUCUUCCCUCAUCCCUUUUGAUUUCAAUGUGGCUUAAACAAUUUAAAAUGACAGAGCCUCCA